UUCGCCAGUUUAGUGUUCAAUUCGGUUCAGUUCGGUCGUGUUCUCUCUUCAGAAACUAAAGUUUUCACCAAUUGGGAAGUUAACUCAAGUGGGAUUUAGCCAAUUAUAUCCGUUGUAGUGUGCAGGAAACUGGAUAGUGCGCAAAAAAAAACAUAUUUAGCAAGCGCCAUCCGCAUGGAUUUCCUGCAAUGAACCGGUGAAGCAUUACUCAUCAGCGGUGAAUGCAGUGAAAUGACGACAGUUGAAAUCAGAAUGGAGGUACUAAAAUAUGCUUUAGUGUGUUUGAUCCUGCUAACAAGCUGCAUCAACAGGAUAGGUGCAGAGAGGAGAAAUCGACUAAUAGACCCUCGAAUAUGUGGCCGUCCGUUCUGUUCAGAAACCGACAAUAAAUUUAGUUAUCAACGGAACCACUUAUAUAAGUAUGACUACUCCAUGUACGUCAAAACUGAAUUUUCUGGCAGCGGGGAAAAUUCAUCCGAACUGCACUUGAUCGCUUCUGUGGAAAUUGAUUUUCCGAAACCAUGCCAGGGCAUUAUGAAAUUACACUCUAUCGAAGUACGUGAUCGACCGUUAUCAGUAACAGAAGAGCAGGACUUUGAGUACGGGGCCGACUACGUUGAAGCACCUUCCGAAGUAGAACUGCAUCCGAAGAGUGAGCUAAUCUCGGAAGAACUUCAGAGGUUCGAGUUAAAAUUCGCCUUUCACGAUGGAGUUGUGAGUGAAAUUUGCCACGAAAGCGAAGAACCAGUGUGGACGCUAAACAUGAAGAGAGGCAUUUUGUCGUCUUUCCAAAAUAGCAUGCCCCGUUUCGACGUAGAUUAUCAUGCCGUUGAGACAGACGUAUCUGGGGUUUGCGAUGUGACGUACACGAUGAGUGGAACCAAAGAAACAAGUUUACUCAUUACCAAAACCAAGGAUAUAACAUCCUGUAAAAGAAGGUACAAAACGAAUUCCUUGAUACAAUCAGUUCCAUAUGACUUCAGACCGGACUACGUAGCGUGGCCGAUUCUCAACUCUACGAGCUAUUGUAAUAUAUCAGUAGAUAACUUUAUCUAUAAGGAAGCUGUAUGCUAUGAACGUCACCAGUUGGUACCAUUCUCCAACGGCAGAGCCGGUGCAGUAACUGAAUCCUACAGCAAAUUAGUUUUGGCAGACGAAGAAUCGUAUACUCCCGAAGACCACAGCAUGAAUGAUGACUAUGAGAUCCAGAAGCGUUCGACGCUAAUAUAUGAUCAUACACCGUCGGUUAGAGAUAGUAAUGAUGAGAUAAAAGCUUCUCGCGAGUUGUUGAAAGAUCUGUGUCGGCUAGGGUUUCCUGAUAUCCAGCGUAGUUUCCCGGACGUGUUUCUGCAUUUUCUGUCAACUGUACGAGUAUUGUCGUUCACUGCCCUGUCGCAGUUGUUAUAUCGAUCCAAGAGUAUCUGCGAUACUGGGAAGAAUCAUGUUUUGGAGAGCCUCCCAUUCAUUGGUAGUCCAGCUUCGGUUACAUUGAUGAAGGACCAAAUUAUCAAACAACAAGUCUCAGCGGAUCUUGCUAAAAAAUGGAUGGAAUCGUUUGCAUAUUUAACGCGACCCGAUGAGGAAGUUCUGGAGGCAAUGCUUGAGCUGAUAGAGUACGGUAAGAGAAUUGGCGAGAAAAAUUACAUUCUGUCGGCGACUUCGGUGGUUCACACAUUCUGCACCGUGCAUGCGGACUGCACUCACAAUGAUGCCGUACAAUCGAUUGUUCAGUUUUUGGAAAAUGAUCUACUGGAAACUCUAGCUAAUCGGGCAAUCACAUCAAGAAAGCAAAGAGAAAACAUAAUUGUAUUGCUUAAAGGAUUAGGGAAUACUGGGGUUAUUAAUACAGCUUUUUACCACGAACUCCGAGAUAUAAUUGAAAAUGACAAUUUUCCUAUGGAAGUGCGACUACAAUCUGUUUACGCUUACCGAAGGCACGACUGUACACGAUCGAAAGAUUACUUCCUGAAGCUGUAUUCCAACUUUGAAAUAGAUGCGGAAAUUCGUAUUGCUGUGUAUAAACAGGCAAUGCGAUGCCCUGAUUACCUUUCUGUUAAAUUAAUCAAACAUGUUUUGAAAACUGAAGAAGUUAACCAAGUAGGUUCAUACGUCUGGUCUCAUUUAACCAACCUAGCAUCGAGCGCAUCUCCGGUAAGGGUUGAAGCUCAAGGCUUACUAGCAGACAAUGAUCUUGGCAAGAAAUUUCGAAUGGACAUUCGUAAGUUCUCCAGAAAUUAUGAGGAAACCUUAUUCUUCGAUGAAUACAACUUCGGUAUAACCACGGAUGCGGAUGUAGUAUUCAGUACAGAUUCGUAUCUACCACGUACUGGGUCACUUAACUUAACGGCUGAUGUGUUCGGUGAGUCCAUCAACUUUUUGGAAUUGAAUGCUCGGGCGGAAGGUUUCGAGUAUUUGGCUGAAUCGAUUUUCGGUCCAACGGGUCCAUUAAAUUCUAAAAAGGUCAAAGAAUAUGCAUCAGCGGUAACGUCAUUGUUCAGUUCCGAAACAGAAGAAGAAGAUCAGGUCGGGUACGAUCCGUUAAGUCAGCUUCGAGUUGAGCGGAACACGAAUUUAACCGCCGGCGAAUAUGGUACGCGAUUGAGAUCAAAACGACAAGAAACGCGCAGCCCAGUAGUAAUAUCAAGAGACAUCCAUGAGAAAAUAAACUCUAUGGGAUACAAAAUGAACGCGGAUUUCAAGGAUCCCCAUGCGACACUGGGUGUUAAAAUUUUUGGUAAUGAUCUUAAGUAUUACACGAUUGAGGGAUUCGCUGAAACCAUAAUGGCUGCCGAAAAGAUUAAUCCGCUAAACAUGUUGAACCAAUUACUGUCUGGAGACGAAAUAUCCUACACGAAAUCUGGGGUGUUUCUUGAUACAUCAUACGAUGUACCAUUAAGUACCGGACUUCCACUGGCACUUAGUGUAAUUGGAGCAUCAUCAGUAGACCUUCGAAUGUCCGGUUCAUUCAAAGCCGUUGAUUUUUGGAAAUCUACCAGGCAUAUAGAUUUUGAAGGAAAGUUUAAACCCGGAGUAUCGAUAGACAUAACGGCAACUAUGAAAACUGAUCUCGUACAUACGGCUGCUGGAAUCAAGCUUAAGAGUAAUCUUUACUCCAGCUCUGCGCUAGAAGCUAAGGGUAAAGUCCGUGGUGAUCGCCUAGUUUCACUUCAGUUUAGCUUACCCCAAGACCGUAACGAGAUAUUAAGUGCUCGGUCAGAGCUGUUGGUGUUUGACGACUAUAAAGAAUUAAGACAAAAGGGCAUCAGCAGCCGGUAUACUAAUUCAACUUGCACGUGGCCAGUAGUGGAUAGAGCAAUUGGAAUUAAACUUUGCGCUGACUAUAGUUUACCAGACGUGAGCAAUAACAGUGAGGUUCCCAGUUUGAUUCUGACCGGGCCUGUGAAAAUCGAUAUAAGUUUGCAGAAGGCCGACCCAACAGCAAAAGUUUUCCUAUUCCAGUAUACCUGGGAUACUCAUGAGAACUCUUCAACGGGAUCGCUCAUUUUCGAGACACCAAACUCGCAAAUUCCACGAAUAUUCAUAGCGAAUAUCAGCUCCGAUAUAGAAGGUUAUAGUGUCUCAAUGGGGUUCCGCAAUGGGGAUAUCUCGCACUCAGCUGUGGGCAUAUACAAAAACAAUAAAAAUUUGAGACGCUUGGAUAUGUCACUGAAUGUGAAUGAUCGAAAAUAUUUGGCUUUGGAAAUGGGAUAUAAUAGAACGGAAAUCAAGUACGGCAUGAUUUACAACCCGUCGCUGUUUCUUUCCGUCAACAAUGAGCGAAUUGCUGGAAUGGCCGGACAGAUCAAAAUAACGGAUAAAAAGGGCAUCAAGCAGUGGGACUUGAAUCUUCAGUUUGAAACGAAACGCGUCCAGACGAAGGUUAUUGGAUUCAUUCAGCAAACGCAGGCAUCGAUAACAUCGAAGUUUUCGAUGGAAUACAGGUUCAUCAACGGAAAACCGGAACGGUUAACCUUGGGUGGUACCUUUGCGGACAGAAGUAAUCGUGGCCGAACGGAAUAUUCAGGGUCAUUUGAGUUACGGUCAACAGCUUAUAAAUAUUUGGACUUCGCAACAACACUGAAAUUUCUCUCAGUAUUGGGCCAUGUUGAAUGCAAGUUAGAGUAUAACAAUGCAGAGGACUUGAAAGAUCCAUAUUACACAACCACUCUGCAGUUGAUAUUUGCUCGUUUCCACGAUUCAGAACUAGGUAGGACCACAGCGUCGGUGGAGUUAACAAGACCACGAUCUCGUAUGAAUUUGAAAGCGAUGGUAAAACACGAACACAAUUCCAACAAAGGGACGGAACAUAAUGUGUUAGUGCUUUUACGCUACGGCAAAGAUAAGGAUAUUACAGCGGUGUUUUCAGUGUAUAUGCCCAGAACAGUCAUGUUCGCUAUUGAUAUGGCUGCAAACAUAACAGUUCCCGGAUUCGAUUCAUGCACCGUGAAUUUCAAAGUUAAAGAAAAAGCCAGGAAAGAGUACUAUUUCGAUUUCAAUGGAGUGUGGUUUUCGGGUCACUCAAUUACCAUCAAUGGAUGGUACCAAGAUCGCAGUUCCUUUAUUAAGACCUAUUAUCAUGUCAAAAUGGAAGCAAAAAGUCCAUCCUUCGGAGAAGCCAUAGCCGACUUGAAGUACGUACGCGAUGAGAUUGAGUACAAACUUGAGAUGCACGCAGAGUAUGCUAAGCAAUUGUAUGGAUUAACGGUACGUCAUGUUCGUGAAUCUGAUGUCGGUACCAACACUUAUGCCGGUUUCCAGUGGCGGGAAAGUUUGUACUCGUUUUCCGCCGUAAUGAAAUCAGCUCCGAUAAAAGUACUUAUUUUAGAACUACACAUCGACAAAUUGCGUGAUAUCAGUAUUACUCUAAAGGGCUACACAACUAAGGUGAAACGAGAAGUCGGGGUAGAAGUGAAAUGGGAUGCUAACCGUGAUCCCACACAGAAACUGGUGAUAUCUGGAGAAAUUAAUACCCCAAGAAGUCGCGUAUACGAUGGACAAUUUGUCAUGUCCUAUCCCAACCGCACAAUAAGCGGCAUCUUCGAUCUAAAGGCAGUUGAUCCUGUCUAUCUCGCUAAUGCUAGAGUAUCAUGGAACACGACAGAAGCUAUCGAGCUUAAAUUAGAUGCCGGAUCAGAUGAAGAGAUUCUUCGUAACAUGUGGCUUCUGUUUAAACUGACAACUCCGUUCGAGGGAUGGCGCCACAAUGCGUUGAAUGGUGGAUUCUACUUCAAAGACAAUCUUUUGAAGACCAACGUCACCGCAAAAUGGGCUGAGGAUCAAACCUUGGGCUUCGAAGUGAUGGGACUGUACUUAUCGAAUGACACUGAUUUUAACUGUGAAAUGAAAACGAAACUUCAUAGCUCUAUCGAACACGUUCCAACGGUAAAGGUACACCUCAAACACAAAUACGACAGGAAACGGAUUGAUACCGUUGUCACCGUGAACCAUACCGUAACCGACGAACCGCCUCAGGUAUUUUCUAUUCGAUCAGUGUGGCAGUACGACCAUGACGAGAAUUUCCGCAAUAUUUCUGGUUCUCUUGCUUGUGUGAGUCCAUUUGAAGGCUACCAAACAGGCGCUCUAUCGACGAAAUUCUCGCUAAGUGAAAGUCGCGAGCUACGAGGCGCGGCUGAUCUGCAGUUGGAUGACGAAAAGUACGACCUAGUACUGAUGGGUCAUGUACGCAAUCUUGUGGACAACAUGCUAACCGUGAAUAUAACUUCAUCAAACGAAAAAUUCCGCAACAUUCGGGGCAUUUUCGGGAUAAGUGAAAAAGAGCGCCAUGCCGUAGCAGAAGUUAAAACACCCAGAAGCGCACUAGGAAUUGAAGUUCUGUUUGCCAUAGUCUCUGCCUACGACUUUGAUAUAAAGUUUUAUCUCGCAACGCCGUUAAAGGACCUAGAGAAAGUCAUUCUUCGUGGGAAGCUCAAAAAGGAUAACGUCGACUUCCGUGCGGGGCUGAACAAUUUGAUUAUUGGAUUUCUAGGAGUCUGGCGAAAGGCACAUUUGAAAGACUUCGAAUAUUCGUACAAAGUGUUCACACCAUUACCGAAAUUCGAAGAAAACGGUCUAAUAUUAAAAUUGAUCUCCGACAAGCAUAAAAGCGAAUACAUCAACCUAGAGUUCAGUGGACGAUUUUCUCAGUAUAAAUUGGGGCUCAAGGCCGUAUCGGAGCCGAAACCACAAUUGUUGCGCCAGCUUGGAGUACAGAAAGCAUCCGAAUUGCUCGAUGAGUUUCUUGAUGAAUCUGCUACUAGCCCUGACGAUUACGAAGACGAUGAUGAAGAAGAUGGUGGAAGUGAGGAAGAGUUACUCAAUUUGAUUGGAAAGUUCGAGCUCGACACUAUCGUAUGGCCCACAUUAACCGGAACGCUCGACUUGGAGGAGUACAAAUCAAAAUACUACGUUACUGGUAAACUAAAAUUACCGCAAGGAUUCAUUGAUAUUCGUGAUCGUUUCUGGUUGGAAGAUAUGAUGAACAUGAAGAAUGUACUGAAAGUCAAAACUCCUUUCACGUCUGUCAAAGAGGUUCAAUCGGAAUUUGAGCUAGGAAUUCCUUAUCCCACAACUAAAUUCGUUGUUGGGUUUAAUGUUCGGUUCCUGGACGUAGCAGAAUGGGUCAAUACCGGGUUUCAUGUUUACUACAAUGUAACGGAUGACGAUUCAGAUACAAAAACUCAUCACGCAAUCGUUAAUUUGAUGACCCCCUUGGAAAAUCUGAAAAAAGUUCGAUUACACGCCGUACUGGAUGUUGAGGAACAUGGCUACAGGGGUAAUUUGACGGCUAAAACAACGACAACUGAAGGUUCGAUAGCGCUUUCGUUCGAGACUGAAGAUCUUUACAUUGAUUCGGCGCUAACAAUUUGGGUGCGUGCUCCCAUACUACCCUAUUACGCUUGUCGAGUAUUCUUCAAGCAGGAUCUUGCUGGUGCAGAUAACGCCAUGAACAUGGGUUUUGUAGUGCACGAUGGUGAAUUGUACAAUAACUUCAGAUUAGACGGAGCGUGGUCCACUGCCGAGCCGCAUUUCCUGGUGGGUAAGGGAAAAUACCAGUCAAACUUCUUACCGGUGAACAUGAUCGAUACGGAGUUUGUACUCACCCGCGAGCCUUAUCCAAAAGCGCAAUUCGAGCUCCGGUUCAAUGAUAGUGAAGGUACCAUAGAAUAUGUACAUGCCAAAGCGACCCGCAACCGAGAAAUGGUAGCGGUGGAACUCAGCAUACCCUUGCAAGAAUAUCGCAAUUUAACGAUAUAUGGAAGAUUGCUGAAAAAACAAGGUGAUGAAUACUCACUUGCCGGUCAGCUUUACCGUAACGAAGAAGUGUUCAAUAUAGAAGGUGAUGCGACCAUUGUCGAAGAUAUACCGAAAAAUAUUGCUUUAGUCAUUAAACCCAUUGGAGAGGGGGUAGAUGGCUCGAUAACCUAUGAAUACACCGUAGAUGGCACUAAAACAAAAUUCAACGCAAAAAUUGAGAAAGGUGAUCGACAUGCCAGCCUGGAUGGCAGCCUCAAACUGACGUCUAUGUCCGAUUGGAACUUCGGGUUAGCGGUUCAGUCAUCAGAUCCUAAUUUAGAGGGUGUCGACAUGAAGAUCGGAAUUACUCCACUUGAGAACAAUCUAGCCGCUGGUUCAUUUAAACUGAAAUCACCUUGGAAACACUACGGAAUCGAUGAGGCGGACAUUAACAUGCUGUUCGAUGUCAAACCAAUAUCCGGAACUGUUACAGCAAAUUACUCUAUUCCAUCGGUGUCCGGAGACGCGAGUUGUUUGUGGAAUUGGCAUCUGUUGGAGAACAUGCAAUUUGCUAUACACAAUAGAGUUGUUAAGAGCUCGAUUGAGCGUUACUUUGAAGCCGGUGUUCGGUACCUGAGUCCGGAUAUUAAAGGUAACCAUAACUUGACGUUCGGUGGUGAUCUCAACUUAAACAACGUAUGGAUAUUCAGUACCAAUGCAUCAGUUACUUUCAUUUCCAUAUCGGAUCUUGCUGGUGUACUGAAAGUUCGAUUGCCGAAACCAGUUGGCGAUGUUCACACACUUGCAGCAAGUAUGAAUGGAAAUAUUCCAUUCCUGGAACCUGUGCGUACCUUCAAUUUUGAAACGUUCUACGAAACUAAGGAAUCUCGCAAACGCUAUGCUUGGCAUUCUGAGUACAGCUUUGUGAACGAUCUUCGCACAUUACUUCGCUUCGAAUGGGGACCAGACGUACGAUCGGAACGCAUUCAAUCUAACUUGGACGUGUUCCAGGAUGGAGCUAAGCGCGAAAUUUCUGCUAAGCUACGAGGGCCAUGGUAUCUCGAGGACGCAUUCCGUGCCAUAGCUGUGUACAAUUUUGCUGACGGUUUGUAUCUGGUUAAUGGAAACGUCUCCAUCCCUGCGUCAAACAAAGUCUCCGAAGCGAACGUUGCGUUUGUCAACCUCUCCAACAUGAAGGGUGACAUCAACUGUACCACACCGUUUCUCAACGUUACCUGGUUGCACGGUCAGCUAGAGUUCAUCGAAAGUCCGUUGGAAUCCAUCCGAUAUUUGAAGGCUACGUGGCCUGAAUCGAAUGCGGUUUUCGACUCCAAAACAACAUACAAAUCACAUAACUUGGAUCGGGACCAACAAGGAACCAUCAAAGUUGAAAUACCCUUACAAACUAGACAUUAUGCUGAAGUGAAGUACGGGUUGGCGGAGAGACCUGCUAUUACUACUGGACAUGCAGAAAUCGAAUAUAACGACCAGAAGGUGUUAAGCGGGCAGUACACUUCUAAGCAGGAAUCAAGAGCUGGCUUCGAGAAAGAAACUGUUGAUGUAACUUUGGAAAACAAUUUCAAACCAGUUGGGGUGCAUUACGUACACACCACCAAACUUUUGAAAGAUAAUUACAAAGAAAUGGAUAUCAAACGUGCCGAAGUGUUCGAGUUGCGCAACCAAAAUAAAUUCAACAUAACUGGAGAACUACAGGUAACGACCCGAGACACCGGUCGGGAAUACGUCAUAACGGCAAUCCAUCCAAACCGAACCGUUGUAUUGUCGGCUGAUUUCGACGGAGAUGGCGACACAACGAAGCAGAAAUCAAGGCUGCAACUAUCUCCGAAACAAUGGAUUGCUUACGAUUUCCACCUGACGAACCUUUCAAAGACGGAAAAGGUUCCUCAGAAAUUUAAACUGAAAAUAUCCUACCCACGAAGAAAUCUCACUGCCGAAGGGUGGUAUGCAGUGACAGACAAUUCGUUCGACUCGGAAAUUUCUUUGCAAUAUACUCCAAACAAAACAAACGACAAGGACGUCGCUGAUCCACGCAUCAAAGGAGCUGUUAAAUGGACCGACGAUUCAGUGGGUGUAUUCUCCAAGCAAACGGUUACUGUAUUACUGGGACAUCCAACGUUUGAACGAGACAUAACGAUGACAGGAAGCUAUUACGCAGACGAUCAAAAUUUCAUCAAAACCAAUCUGGACAUUGAAUACACACAAGCCUCAAAUCAUCACAUAUCGCUUGGUUUUAAUGCAAAGGAUCUGACGUCUGCGGUUGGGUAUCGAAAUUACUCGUACAUAUUAUCUGGUUUGCAUGAAGCAUCCGAUCUGGACCUAAAUUCACAGGGUUCUGUGGGACUACGGUUGGGUUUGUACGAGCUCGACUCAAGGUCAUACUACAAACGCGGGUAUCUCUCUCGAAUGGAUGGCUACGUCAUCGGAAAGGUGGAUGUGAAACAGAAGGAACUCAUUUUGGAGAAAAUAACAUCCCACAGUAAAUACCGCAUGUGGGGUAAGGCAUCUGGAAGUUAUCCACUAUAUAUGGUAAAUGGAAGUUUUCUGGAUGGUCCAGAUUUGGAGUCCGCAGGAUUCUUUUUCAUUGACAUCGACAAUAAACUAGUCCAAAUGAAAAUCAACAUGACAGCUGAUGCUUCUGAAAACGUAUACAUGUACGGAAUCAUACCGGACUCCCGCAGCGCUUACUUCGAUUUUUGGCGCGAUUACGACACCCUGCGAGAGGUUGAUGUGGCCUUCUAUGCGAAAAUGAACCACUCUCGGCUUGUUACCAGUAAACUUCACUGGCGGCCCGAAAUUCGUAACGAUUUGCGUAACCUGGCGCGAAACUAUUUCACAUCCCUACACAAUUCGUUUACCGAAUCACUGGAGUUCUGGGUCAAGCAAAUCUAUCUGGAGUCUAAAGACUCCGUCAAUGGCAUUUGGGACUCGGCACAUCCUUUCAUCGAUGGAUUCCUGGAAGAUGUUUCGGGCUUGAAUGUUAUCCAGGAUGAUCUAGAGAACCUACGACGGUUCCUGAACGAGUCGUAUGUUGCCGACGAUUUCUACGUGCGUUCGGUUAUUAAUUUCACCAUAACAGUGCUUGACGAACUAGCCAUUAAAAACAAACUAACGUCGUUCCCCAAGAUUUUAACUGAGUUCUGGCAAGUUAUGGGUGAAUCAGGUCAGGCCCUGAAGAAGUCACUGACCUGGUUGAUGGAAACCAUCAAGGCUUCAUACCAACGAGUUGUGGACGUAUUUGGACGCAUUCUACAAGGGGACUCCAUGCAGUACUUAUCUGAAGUGUUGGAAACUUCGGUGGCUCGUUAUGAUAAAUUUAUCAAAGAUCUUCAUCUUCAGUUUAUAAAGAAUGUUCAAGAAAUAUGGAAUAAGCUUACGGAGACGAUCACUUCUUAUUGGCAACGCAUGUUGCAAAACAUUGAACCAUCGGUUAUCAAACUGGCGCAUUAUGCGGAAUCCAUGACAUGGCACGUGGGCCAUGAAGUUUUCUCUUUCCUGUAUAAUAAAACACAAGAAAUAGCUGAGUCACCCUAUUUCACAAAAGUUUCGAAUUUCACCCAAGACUUGGAUACUUUGUACAAGGAUCUUAUCCACAAUGACAUCAUAACUAACGCCAAAAAGUACGGCUCAAUUGUGGUCAGAUUUGUGCAGGAGAAAUUUUUCCGAUUGGUUCCGUUUGGUCGUGAGUUGCAGCAAGUAAUGUCCGAGUUGUGGGAAGAGAUCAAACAGCUGCAAAAUCUGGAAUACGUUCAGUUUAUCCUUCAACGCGUGAACGAAGUUCGCUCCAAGGCCGAAUGGCUAGCGGAAGAGUUUCAACUAGAGAAACGGCUUCAUCAGCUAUGGCGCAUGGUUAGGCACAAACUCACAAGAUAUGCUCAAACUGCGUUACAGGCUGAGAACCAAUACCGUGAGGCGAAAACCAAAUUUAUUUUCGAUCCUGAUCAGGGCAUUUUAGAGCUCGAGCAGAAACUGCCAAUGUCGUGGCAUGCCUUCAACGAGACUCCUAAGUUCGAUGAAAUCCCGGAAUACAAAUUUAUUACCGAUGUACAAGAUUUCUUCGCUGGCAGCAAUACCACUCUUUGGACUCUUUACUGCGCGAUGAGGCCAUACGCUGACACCAAGUUGUGGUUACCGCCGUUCAAAGCAAACUCUCUACUCGUAGGCUCGAGGCACUACAUGUCGUUCGACAAGCGCUUCGUUUCCAUGGAAUUGCGUGAUCAAAGGCUAGAUAGCGGAAUCAAUCAAUGCUCGUACGUAUUAGCGCACGAUUUUUACAACAAAACGUUCACACUCUUGUUGGAACCAACGAUGCAAGAUGGAAAAGCUUCUCAAAAAAUCGUACUACUAACUGAAAAUCAAUUGUUAGAAAUUGACAUUUCCGAUAUGUCGGUGAGAAUUAAUCGCAAUGUAACAACUGCUCUUCCCGCUCAAAUCGAGGACACCGUAGUGUACCGUGAAACAGAUCUUCUAGCAAUACAGUCUCUCAAGGGUUUCAAACUGACCUGCAGCUUAGAGUAUCACCUUUGUUCGUUUGAUCUGAGUGGGUGGUACUUUGGAAAAACGGCUGGCAUUUUGGGAACUAUGAACAAUGAAGUAUUCGAUGAUUAUCUGACAUCCGAACAAAAGUAUACUUCUUCCAACAAGCAGUUCAUCAACAGCUGGAAACUACCAGGCUGCGAAGUGGAAGUGAAUGCCACAAAUCAUACCCAAAAUUACCUCGCUGUUUCACACGAACUAAGUCAACUUUGUGAAUCGUUUUUCCAACAUAAACAUUCGUACUUCGCGUCUUGCUUCCCGGUGGUAGAUACUAAUCCUUUCUACGAGAUGUGUUUGGAUUUGGGACUUAAUCUCGGCAGUAAGUCCAAUGAACCAUCAAAUAACGGAGCGUGCACGGCAGCUUUAGCCUACAUGGAAGCCUGUUCUCUGGAGGAUGUACCUCUACGAGUUCCUGACUCAUGCAUUAAUUGUAAACUCAUGAAUGGUUCGUACGUUCCGGAAGGUACUUUCGUUUCUAUGAAGGACGAAGAAGUACCUCAAACAGCCGACAUCGUGUUUAUCGUUGAAGCGAAGCAAUGCAAUAAAAACAUAACCACAGCGAAGAGCAUUAUCACUAUGAUGCAAUCUUUACAUAAGGAACUGUUGGAGCGUAAUAUUACAAACAAUCGUUUCUCAGUGCUUAGUUUCGGUGGCGUAUCACCCUUUGACAAACCGCGUAGUGUAAUAGUCAACGAUAACGUAUUUGUAUCACACGAGUUUAUCGAGCCAUUCUUCAACCACAUUGUCACGGGAGACGGUACUAACAAUGACAUUUUUGAUGCGAUCAUCAUGGCUUCUAAAUUGGUAUUCAGACCAGGAGCAACUAAAACGUUUAUCCUGCUACCGUGCUCCAAAUGUGCUAGCUCUAGCAUGAAGCUUGACUACUCGUCAUUGUUACAACUUUUGCUUGAAAACGGCAUCAAACUGCACAUUCUUGCCGAUCACGAUAUCGAAUCUGAUAAAUCCAGAGUAUCGCAAAUGUUCUUCGGCAUGGACCGGGAGAAGGCAUACACCAAGAAGGACAUCAAGGAACUUGUCGGAGACCCACACUUGCGCAAGCAAGUUCGAAUGCCAAAGGCUACACUAGGUAGCUGUGCGGCACUGGCGCUCGAAACUGAUGGGUCCGUUUUUAGUGGACGCAAACUUCGUCCCGAGCGACGUAAUUUGACGAAAAAAUUCAUCACCGUUUUCACAAAGCGCGUUGCUCAAACUGCUUCAUCAGUAUCGUGCCAGACCUGCGAGUGUACGGGUCACAACACGGGCGUUUCCUACAUGCUCUGUUUGCCGUGUACUUAUCCUUCGGCGUUUAGCUUAGAUCAAGAGCGCAUGACGGAGGACGAACUUCUGUCGGUGCUGCAGCCGGACCAUGACUGGGACUGGGAGGAGGAUGACGAGCUGCUUUGAGUGUCCGUUUAGUUUAAUUUCAUUGGAAAUUAAUGUCUAUCGUGUUUUAAACAAAACAACAAUUCAAAUAAAUGUAUUAAAAAAACCCAUUUCUUAUCAACAAACAUCAUAUCUGCAACCAUGUUUACCUGUUGAGUGAAAUCGAUUUGAAUUAUUCAAC